AUGAGGAUUCUGAGGCCAUUCCUUCAGAAAGGAGCGCAUAUGCUGCAGUGUUUCUGUGGACAACGAUCGAAGUCGACCACUAUCACCAACGAGCCACAGCUGAAAGGCAUCGUGACACGACUGUUCAGCCAGCAGGGCUUCUACCUGCAGAUGCAGCCGGAUGGAACCAUCGACGGCAGCAAGGACGAGAACAGCGACAACACCCUGUUUAAUCUUAUCCCUGUGGGUCUGAGAGUGGUGGCCAUCCAGGGGGUGAAGAGCGGCUUCUACAUUGCCAUGAAUGGCGAGGGCAUGCUCUACAGCUCGGAGAUGUUCACGCCGGAGUGUAAGUUCAAGGAGUCGGUUUUCGAGAACUACUACGUGAUCUACUCGUCCACUGUGUACCGGCAGCAGGAGUCAGGACGGGCCUGGUUCCUUGGCCUCACCAAGGAGGGGCAAGUCAUGAAGGGCAACCGGGUCAAGAAGACUAAGCCCUCAUCACACUUUGUGCCCAGGCCCAUUGAAGUUUGUAUGUACAGGGAGCCGUCACUGCAUGAGAUAGAGGACAAGCACCGCUCCAGGAAGAGCUCAGGGACUCCCACCAUGAACGGAGGGAAAGCUGUCAAUCAGGACUCCACAUAG